AUGAAUGCGGCAGAGAGAAAGGCUUUGAUUUUGGAAAUCACUAAAAUCCUUCAAGAAAGUUUCACUGCUUCAAUAGAUAUAGCAAUGAUUAAAUUAUCAAGGGAACUGACAGAUCUUUUCCAGCCCCAAUUGAAGUUGAUGGAUACCAAAGUCAAAAGAAUGAAUUCACGUGUUGAGAGUGGAGAGAAAAGAAUUGAUGACAUCAUCGAAACGAACAAAAGAAUUUGUAAUCUGCGUUUGGAUGGUCUGCCUUUUGUCAAAGGAGAGAAUGUCAAAAAUGUCAUCAAUUCCUUGUCGAGUGCAAUUGGAUAUCGAGACUCACCUGAAUUUCUCGCCUAUCGGAUGAAGAAAGAAACGAAUUCCACUAUAAUAAUUCGUUUUCCAACCUACUACUAUAAGGAAGAAUUCUUGAACCGAUACUUAGCCAACCCCAAAGCAGUUACAGUUAAAACACUGCUUAAAAAUGGUGACUCCACAGCUCGCUGUUUUCUCUCAAACGAUUUGUGCAAAACCUUUUAUGACAUUCACAAAGCGGCAAUCAAAUUUAAGAAGGAUGGUUCAAUCUCAAAAAUUCGAGUAUCGCACGGCUUCGUUAUGAUCAAGAAAGAUGAUGCGUCACCAUUUCGAGCGUUCGAUUCUUUGGCGGCCCUACAGAAAGAGUUUGGAAGUAACACAAAGCAAACCAUGGAAGCUUGA